AUGGGGAACGGCGUCCUCGCGUUUGGAGCGUCCCGCAACAGAACUCCGCUGGAGUCGGUACCGCACCGCCAUCCUCGCACUGGCCUGGCCGGGAUGGCGAAGGAGGCUCCCGAAGCGGAGCCACUCCGCCAGCGGAACGGCUUUGUGGGUAUGCUUUACGGGGAGUUUACGGACACGCUCGACGACAAGGUACGAUACUCCGUGAGCCUGACGGAGAGCGCCCUGACCAUUCAGAGGAUCUCGUCGUCUCCCGGCCGGGCUAAGGUGGUCUUCAACUUGACGGAUUGCAUCGGCUGCCGGGCGUACAGAGGAACGGACAGCUCGGACGUCGGCGCCUACUUUACUGCUUAUUUUUACCCCUUAAAACGGCGGUGGAUGAGCGCCGGCGUGGCCCGUCAACGAGUGGAGCAGUGCUUUCGGGUGGCGCUGGUCCAGGACCCCCGGACAAACCUGCGGGAGGCUGAAAGGUGGGCUUGUGCCAUCAGGGAUGCCUCCGUGCAGCAGGCGCCCCGGAAAGACGGCUCACUCACAAACUCAGAGGUGCGACGGCCUUGCAGAGUCAUGAUACUGGUGAACCCUCUCAGUGGAAGGGGACAGGCUCUCCAGCUCUUCACCGGCCACCUGCAGGGCAUGCUGAAUGAAGCUGCAGUCCCCUACACGCUUGUCAUCACAGAGCAUCAGAACCAUGCGCGUGAGCUGGUGAAAAAGGCAGACUUGUCACAAUGGGACGCUCUGGUUAUCAUGUCGGGAGAUGGGCUACUCUUUGAGGUGAUAAAUGGUCUGAUGGAACGUGAUGACUGGCAGGAGGCCAUCCAGACCCCUCUGGGGAUUCUGCCGGGUGGCUCCGGCAAUGCUCUGGCUGCCUCGAUCCACCACUACUCUCAGUCCCCCCCUGCAUGGAAUGAAGAACUCCUUCUGAGUUGUGGCUUCAUGCUGUGCAAGGGCCUGGUCGGUUCCAUGGACUUGGUGUCUAUCCACCUGGCGUCCAAACAGCGUAUCUUUUCCUUCCUGUCCUUAGCUUGGGGCUUUGUGGCCGACGUGGACAUCGAGAGCGAGAAGUACCGCCAUGUCGGCGCGAUCCGCUUCCUGAUGGGCACCCUGGUGCGUCUUGCCGGUCUUCGAGUUUAUCAGGGCAGGUUGGCGUUCCUGCCUGUGAAGGAGAAACCAAAACUUUCAUCCACGCCACAGCGCCCCUCUUUGUGCUCUUCCCUCCCGUGCCAGCUCAUCCCAAACUCCUCUCCAACACAUAACGUGCACCACCAUUGCAACAACACAAACACCAUCCAAAACACAAUCAGCAACUCCUCCAUUAACACCAAAAAACUCGAAAUUUCUAGCGACGGCAAAACCCGAGCACCCGUAGACUCUUUACUACCGGGACUGGACCAGCCGGUUCCAGAAAGCUGGACUGUUGUAAAGUCGGAGGACUUUGUCUUGGUGCUGGCGAUCUACCAGUCUCACCUGGCUGAGGACUUGUGGGCAGUCCCCGGAGCCAUGGCGGACGACGGAAUCAUACACCUCUUUUACGUGACUGCCGGAAUCUCCCGGCCAGCACUUCUGCGCCUCUUCCUCGCCAUGGAGAAGGGAGCGCAUUUAGCAUGCGGCUGCCCCCACUUGGUUUACGAGAAGGUGCGCGCCUUGCGGCUUGAGCCCAUCUCUCCAGAGGGUGUGAUCACAGUGGACGGAGAGACGGUGGAAUACGGGCCGGUUCAGGCUCAAAUCCACCCCGGACUGGCCAGACUCAUUUAUGGAUGAAGCCAGAUUAUGUUAAUCUUCUGGUUGGAGAGCUUUCAAGUUUGGCCUUUUCACUCAAUGUUGAUCGCUUUAUAUAUGCUGUGUUUUCAUAAGUGCCAAAGACAUUUAAUCAUCCUCUGAGAAGUCCUCUAUUUUUCUACUGAAAAAACUUGUCCUGUUUUUUAAGCCCCCCAUUCCCCACUUUUUGGAUUCAGUGUCCAAGCCACGGAUUGUCGUCCGUUAUUGCUGGCCGGUCCCAGCGUAACUGCUUCAGAGAUUGUGUACGUCAUAGUGAGAUCCUCACGCACAUUUGUUUUUUAAUUCAAUGUACGUCCGCGACCGUGCAUGAGGAGCUUGGCACAUUGUUGCCGUGGCAGAGGAGUACAUUGUGCACUCUGCUGUCAGACCUGAUCAGCGCCGCACGCACGAAGACAAGCACAUUUUCCCAUCUGGGGAAAUUCCCGGGGGAAUAGCUGAAGCCUCCGACAGAGCAGUACGACAUCCCUGAGAGGGAUUUGACUAAUCAUUGUGUAGCUUUAGGAAAGAAACUUGGACAAAGUAGAUCUAAACAUAUAGAUAGAAUCACAUUGUCUUUACUCAAAUCUUGUUGAUCUUCCAUCGUCAUCAGACAGGAGCGACUGAACCAAUGUUUCCCAGCCUUUAUUGAGCCAAGGCCAGGGGCAUCGCUAGACCUAAUACAAUCCUGGCAAGCGAGCAAUUUUUUAGCACUUAUCUAUCGUAAGAAGUCAGAAAUAGCGCUUUAAACUAUAUAUAAUCAAACCCAAAUACAGGUUUCCAUAAAAAAGGGACUUUUUUUGUUCUGUUUUUCAGCCAUCAGUAUUCAGAAUUAAAAUAGGGACAUCCCUUGUUGAUAGUCAAUUCACCUCUGCUUAUGCUCAUCAACUCUAGAUAGCAGACCGACUUGGAAAAGAUGUUGGAUCAACAUUCCGCUGUCGAUCUUAUAUCGUUGAAUCAACGUCACUUUUGCACCCUCAAUUAAAGUUGUUUCACGUUCAAAUCCUUACAAAACCUAAACAUCAUUUCGAUUAUUAAUAAUAUUGGAACAACGCUGAAUCAAUGUUAUGUUUGUAUGUACGACCAAAACGCCCGCUCAUCCAUAAUUCAACGACUUUUCAAUCAUAUUUACUGGUCAAUCAUAAAUCAACUAUUUGUCAACAUUAGUUCAUCAACGAUUAAACAUUGUUAACCCAACCAUUGCCUGACAUACUAUAGAAACAUCGUUGUUUCUACGUCACUUGAUGUCGAAAAUUUUUAUGUCAACCAUACUGAUGAUUUAGAUCAUGAUGAAAAUCAAGGUUUAUUCAAUGUUGGUCUGCUACCUGGCAACUUCCAUCGCUCGUUCACCUUUGCCUACAGUCUGCUGCUCUACUUUAUCUGGAUAGAAAUGGGGAUAUAUCACUGUAACUGUUAUGCAAUUAAUCAGUGUUUCUCAACUGGUAGGUUGUAGCCUAAAAGUGGUUUAUGUUGGCUAGGUGGAUUAACUAGCUUCCCUCUCUCAUUCCUCCAUGCUGAUUUAUCCUUGCUGCGAGCAAAUAACUUCCUAAUAUCCAUUUUCAAGGGUAAUGCUGUUUGAAACAAAAAAAAAACAACUCAUUACAGGGACUGCAGUAACAAAUAAAAUGCUUGUAAAAUAGUUGGAAAUGAUGAGCACAUAUAACAACAUUGUUAGAGGUUAUUUCCCAAAGAUAGGCAAUUAAUUCAUACAGAUUGAUUGUAUUCCUUGUGGUCAUAUCACCAAAUAGCAUCAGUAAUGAUUAGAGGUGGGAAUCUUGGGGCACGUAACGAUUUGAUUACCAUUCAGAGGCUACAAUUCGAUCAUAUAUUCGAUUUUUGAUGUGCCCCACCAGCUAUUAGCUGCUUUUAAUGUUUCGUACAUUAGUUACAAAAAUCGUACAAAUAUCCUCUCGGCUUAAAUAAACUACUAUUUCAGUAUCAAGUUAACAGUUCAAAACAGUAAAUAAAGUCACCAUUCUGUAUCAGCGUCUUUAAACUACAUUCAAAUAAUUAAUGUUGUGAAUCUACCAUUAAAGAUGCUAAAAUUGCUCCCGUUAUUCCGUAAUUUCCCUUUUAACUACUUUCGACAUGUGGAAGUUUUAAAACUGUUUCAUCAUUUAAAGAUAGAUUUAGGUCAAGAUUUUGCCGAUUUAGGAGUAUUUUAGAUAAAAAGUUAAUUAGGUCCGCUCGGAAGGUUCGCUACAACAGCCUUCUAGAGAAGUCUACUGCUUUAUGAUGGCGGCUGUUUACUAACACCGGCAAGUUUGUCAUUUCGCAUGUAGUUUUCUAUGCAUGUGCUAAGGCCGCUUAGUCUGUCAUUUCGCAUCUAGUUUUAUACAUGUGAUAUCUACCGUAGCAUUAUGAGGGCGUAGUUUGUGGCGGUUGUCGUCCACAGUCAGGUAUUAUUGUUUUUUUAUUUAGCGGCAUCAGUUGAGCAUGAUGUUUACUCUUGGCCCGUUCCUCAUUGCGUCCCGAAGACCACGCUGACUGUGUUUUAGUUUUGCUUUACUUGGCAUAUUUCAAUAAUCGGAAUUUGUGAAUCGUUCUCGAAUCUUCCACGGUCCAAUAUUGAACAAAGCUCUUGAGUGAGAGCCUCUCACUGAAAUCACAUUUAAUUGUCAUUGUAUUUAUAGCCAAUUAGCUAAAAGAUGGCAGCUAAUCUGCUACUUCAAUUUGCGACCAGAGUAUUUUACAGGAUGAGCAGUUAAUCUGGCACUAACCUGUGAAGCACAUGGGAAGAUGUAAUUUGCUCCGUCGACUGUAUGAUUGGCACAUGCACCAUAAUAUUGAUGCUGCAUUCAUGUCUUGUUGGAGUAAUAGAAAAAAAAUUUCUCUGUUACAUGGUGUCUAUAAAAGCACCAAACAGUCACUCAACUUGUGAUGUAUCAUUGGAGCAUUAAAAUAGGCUACACUUAUUUCUACCAAUCAUGUUUUUAUCCCACAUUACGACUUUACAACACAUCAGAACGAUUUUCCAACUUGGGAAUUCAGAUCUCCCGACACACAUAAACGCAGCAUAUCACCCAAAGGUUCUUCACGGAAGAGUCAACUCAUAUGCGUAUGUCAGCCAAAUUUACGUGAAUAAAUUACCAUAAUAAGGACCCAUGUGCAGAUUGUGUAUAUGGUGUCAAUAGAGUAAUAUGACAAUAUUAAAUUGGCAAACGCUGUAGAUUAUGCUAUGUAGACUUAAAACUACAAAGUUUUUUUUUUUACCAGUGAAAUUUAUACUGGGGCACUGCAGAUCACGGGGCACAGGCACCAGUGAAAUAUGUCUGGCGAUGCCCCUGGCCAAGGCACGUAAUUUGCAUUGCAAAAAUCAUAUAGCAGUGGUAUUUGUGUAUUCUGCUAUACAUUGCAACAGCUCAUCUGUUCUGCUUGUCAUUAUAUGUGAUGUAUGUAAAGAAAAUCAUUGAAAUUUUAGGAACAAUCAAGUGAAUUUUCUAAAUACCUUUACAGGGAACUCAUUUAGUUCAUUGACUGGCAUUGACGUCACUAGAUGUUCAAUCCAUUUUGACUGGGACGGACGUUUAUUCAUUCAUUCGCCCCUCCCAGUCAAAUGGCAGCCAAUGCAGUUAAAGUGCCCUGUAAAGGUAAAAAAAAAAUCAUCAUCAUCAUACAGUGCUGGCCAAAAGUAUUGAAAUUCUGUCAGAUAAUGCUCAAAUGCUCUCCCAUAAAAUGAUUGCAAUUAUGCUUUGGAGAGUAUUUAUAUAGCGUACUUAUAGUAUCUAUAUGGUUACCAUGCCCAAAGCACUUUACGAUAGCAGACAUUUACCUAUUCAUGCCCACAUUUACACACCAAUGGUGCUGCCGCCAUGCAAGGCGCUGCCAAUCCAUUGAGGGCAAAUUAGGGUUCAGUGCCUUGCCCAAGGGUACCUCACCAGUGGGCAGCCAUAGCCCGGAAUCGAACCGCUGACCCUUUGGUCCCAGGACAACUCAUGCUACCAACUGCGCCACUGCCACCCUUUAGUAGUAAUACAGUAUCUUCAUUUUUCUUGCAAUGAAAACACACAAAAGAGGAUGGAACAUUUAAAAAAAAAAAUAUUAUCAUUUUACACAAAACUCCAAAAAUCGCCCGGACAAAAGUAUUGGCACCCUCAGCCUAAUACUUGGUAACACAACCUUUAGACAAAAUAUCUGUAAACAACUGCUUCAGGUAUCCAUCAGUGAGUUUCCUACAAUGCUCUGCUGGAAUUUUAGACCAGUCUUCUUUGGCCAACUGCUCCAGGUCUCUGAGAUUUGAAGGGUGCCUUCUCCAAACUGCCAUUUUCAGAUCUCUCCAGAAGACCCAUGACCUCUGCGGGAGAACCAGCUGUCUCACACUGGGCCCUACAUUAUGCUGCAAAAUUUGUUGGUAGUUUUUAGACUACAUAAUGCCAUGCACACAGUCAAGGAGUCCAGUGCCAGAGGUAGCAAAGCGACCCAAAACAUCAGGGAACCUCCGCCAUGUUUGAAUCUGGGGACCGUGUUCUUUUCUUUGAAAGCCUCGUUUUUUACCCCUGUAAACUCUUAUGUUGAUGCCUUUUCCCCAAAAGCUCUAAAAUUCUUCCAAAAUGUUUUUGGCUUUCUCAGGAAAGUUUUGGCAAACUCCAGCCUGGCUUUUUUAUGUUUCUGGGUCACAAGUGGGGUCUUCCUGGGUAUCCUACAAUAGAGUCCCUUUUCAUUCAGACGCCGGCAGAUAGUACAGGUUGACACUGUUGUACUCUCGGACUGCAGUACAGCUUGAACUUGUUUGGAUGUUAGUCGAGGUUCUUUAUCCACCAUCCGCACAAUCUUUUGUUGAAAUCUCUCGUCAAUUUUUCUUUAUCGUCCAUAUCUAGGGUGGUUAGUCACAGUGCCAGGGGCUUUACACUUAUUGAUGACAGUGCGCAUGGUAGACACAGGAACAUUCAAGACUUGUAGCAUUGAUAUUGUCCAUGCUGCCUCACAAUUUUGCUUCUCAACUCCUUAAACAGUUCUUUGGUCUUCUUUCUUUUCUCCAUGCUCAAUGUGGUACACACAUGGACACAGGACGGAGGUCGAGUCAACGUUAAUCCAUUUUAACUGGAUGCAAGCGUGAUUUAGUUACUGCCGCCACCUGUUAUGUGCCACAGGUAAGUAACCGUUGCUGUUAACUACACAAAUGAGAGAAGCAUUACAUGACCUUUCAAAGGGUGUCAGUACCUUUCUCCGGCCAAUUUUUGGAGUUUUGUAUAAAAUGAUAAUUAUUUUUUGUCCCCAUUCUCUUUUGUGUUUUUUCAUUGCAAGCAAAAUAAAUGAAGAUAUUACUACCAAAGCAUUUGUAAUUGCAAUCAAUUUCUGGGAAAAAUUUAGCAUUAUCUGACAGAAUUGCAGGGGUGCCAAUACUUUUGGCAAGCACCGUAUUUGGUGCAUGAAAGAGUUAACAGUGGUUGGGACUGAGUUGAAUAAACAAAAACUAAUCACCCAUCUUCCUUUCAAUACACAUGCAGACACACAGUUUACACAAAGUAGCACAAAUUGACUGAAAUGUCCUAAUUACUGUUAGACAAGCACACUUACCUGUGCACUCAGUCCCGCCCCCUUGGUCGUAGCAUUAUGACCACACACAAAUAAUCUUUAUAGCCAGCCGCUUGUUAGUUAGAUAACAUGACUGGUGUGCGCGUUUGAAAAGCACAGGCGGAUGGGUUGCUUAUCUCCUGCAAACUGCAUUGUGGAUUGUUACUCUUGAUUUUCCUUGGCGAAUGUUAUAUUUGAGCUAUUUAUAUAGAUUUCUGACUAUUUCUCUAGUAAUCACUUCUACAAAAUAUAUCUUUCAUGGAGUCAAUGUGGACCUUUUUUUUUUUUUUUUUUUUUUUUUUUUUUUACCAUAACCAGUCACAUGGAAAUGGUGACGCCUGGUGGCGGCAAAAAUAUUUGUGUCUCAUAUAUAUUAUGUCAGAGUUAUGUGAUUUUGAGGCCAUUUCUUGACCACCAAGUUUGACAAUUUGAAGUCUCUUGAUAAAGCUCGACAGACAGAUUGCAGUGAAUUCUAUUAUGAUAAUGAUAAUAUAAUUGUGGGUUUGCUUGAACUAAUCAGGUGAUUAUGAAGCUUGCUGCAAUGCCUUUGUCCAUAUAGUGUGUUCCCUCAAAUGUUAAGUUCUCAUGCAUCAUAUCAACUUCUUUUAAAUUUGGGGAUUGUACUCAACUUCUUCCCCUUGGUUAAGAAGCCAUCAUCACCUAAUGUGUCCUUAGUAAGUGAAACAUCUACAACAAAAUGAUUAUAAAGUAAUUUAGAUAGCAUGAAAGUAGCACAGGGUUUCACAAAAGGUCUGGUGUGUUGCAUUUAGAGAGGCGUACAAUCAGUGUUGCUUGGAGGAUUUUAAGUGUUGUUUGGUCUUUCAUCAAAUCCUGUUCAUGAAGGGUCCUGCUGACCCCUCCACACACAGGUAUGCAGCAGCUCGGUAUCAACAUGCUUGCAUGGUAGGUCUCAGUUCAGGCAAUUUUUUAUUUCAUAACACAGCAGAUUAAAACAAAAUGAGAAUUACACCAAAACUGAAAUAUCAAACAUUAAUGUUCCGGUCUCUCUGUGUUGUCUGAGUGAAUAAGAGUUAUGCAUAGUAGAUCUAAGAAAUCUGCACAUCCCUGUUCAAUGCUUGAUUUUCACGAUAUAUAAAACAGAAUUGCUCAAAACGUUUUACGAUUAAUAGGACUGCUAAAAUGCACAACUCAUUUGCUGCUGUUGUAAAAAAUAUUUACAUUUCCCAACGUGUUUGGUGCAUUUUCAUUAGCCGUUACAUUUCUUCCUCUUGAAUCUACAUAUUGGCUUUAUUUUUGCCAGAGAUGCCGAACAGUGGUGGAAUGUAACGAAUUAAUUUGUUACUGUACUUAUGUACAUUUUUGUGUAUCUGUACUUGAGUACAAAUAUGAAGUGGUACUUUUUACUUUUAAUGCACUACAUUCCACGGCACGAGGCAGCAACACAAGCACAAGCAAGAUUAGGCAGGUGAACAAGAUAUUGACCAAUAAAAACCAACAGUGUAGCAGCACGACUGCAGAUAAGUCAUUUACACUCUUGCACAUGCACCAGAUAGUUGCUUGCAAUCUGACAUUAAGCUAAAUUUUGGAGUUUUUGAGCUUGUUAAGCUUCUUAUCACAGUGCAGUAAAUUUUAUUGCGUUUUUUUUUCUCCAUUCUGCACAGUUUUAGAUAAAACUGAGCAGUCAAUGAAUUUUCUGGUUCUUUUAACAUUGAUUCAGAUCUCUGUAUGUAUGUGUGUAUGUAUGCAAUAUAUACUGUGUAUAUAUACGGCGGAAAACACUCAGAUGACUUGAGGUUCCGCUCUGAGACCCCCAAUUUGGCCAAAUUUCAAAAUUGUCCGAUAUGCUUAAAAUCUCAAUUUUCUGGGGGAAGAAAAAUUUUGAACAGGAGGGCAUUUAAAAAAAACAAACAAAAAAAAUUAAACAGCAAAACCCUAUCUGGAGGUGAGAGCACGCGGCAGCAGAAUUACAGACGCCUUGACUUUAACGAGAUAUUAUCGCGUACUUUCCUUGUUUUGAUCCAAAAAUUCCAUGUUUCAUGUAUCACCGAGUGUCAAGACAGAGCUGUGAAUGGACAUAGCUGGAUUUAUUUGGGAUUUUAGGGGUGAAAAGUGGGAAUAUAACAAGGGUCGCGACGUAGAAAUCGCAGACAUCAAAGAGUGGUCCAGAUGUUCUUUUUCAUAUAUUUGCCCUUUUAAAUGUUAUUUUUUAAUAUUUCUUGUUUGGAUCGAUUAUUUAUUACCUAACAUAUCGGGGAAAAUGCGACAGUAAUGCAAUUAAGCGAUGGUUAUGAGGUAGAUCUCCAUGACUUUUUUACAGACGCCAAAGUUUUCAUUGUGACGUAAUUUGUUUAAAAGUUUAAAACGUGAGUGAAUAAUUUUUUUAAAUCGUUUUUUUUUUUUUUUUUUUUUCAAACUAAAUAUUAGACAUCAAUUAAUGAUUCUAAGCUAAAAAAUGACAGACAAUAUGAAUAAUAAGUAUAAUUAAUUACCUUGGUUUUAUGGCUGGGUUGAAAAAAAAGCGGUUGCGCGAUGUCUGUAAACGGGGGUUUUCAGGGUAAAACGGACAAAUUAAAAAUUGUUCGGGGGCUUAAUGCACCAUGAAUCUGCUUUUGCAGCAAAUAGACAUAUUGUUCUAUCAAACGCAACAGUUGUUUCUGCUUAAAAUACAACAGUUUCUUUUACAGAGGGGUGCAAGAGCAGAAACUGCUUUUUCAGUCUUGUCUGUGUUUUCCGCCAUAUAUAUUUAUUCAUUACAUUUUUGCAUUGGGAGAAAAUACUUCUACUUAUUACUUGUACAUUUUAAAGCAAGUACUUUUACUUGAGUACAUUUUUUCUUAAGUAAUUUUUUGCACCUGUAUCUGUACUUAAGGUAAAAAAGUAACCAUUGGUGGUUAUAAGCUAGCAGGUUGGGGUUAGGGCUCUAGAACAGUACAAUAACAGUUUGUAUAUAUGAAGUUGUGCUAAGAAAAAAAUUAUUAUUAUUAAUUAUUAUUAUUAAAAAAAAAAAAAUCAGACAAUGGAAGCAGUUACUCGCAAUGUUACUAAUUGCUUGAGUUUCAACUAGCAAUAAUCGCGCCUCGGAUAAACCUAUUCUUUUUAAUGAAUACUUUUUUACUUGCAUUUGAGUAAAUUUUGGAAUUACUUACUUUUACUUAAGUAAUAUUAUUUAGAAGUACUGCUACUUUUACUUGAGUAAAAUUUUUUGCUACUCUACUCACCUCUGGGUCUGAUAAAACCAUUGUUGAUUUUGCUUGAGCUUGAGCUAUAAUUCCUAAUAGCAUGUUUGGCACUACACUGUCAUCAAACCCCCCCCCACCACCACCAAAAAAAAAAAAAAACCCAGCAUGACCAGGAAAGGCUUUGUAAACAUUCUUAAAUGUAUUUGUGGUAAAUCAGAGGCCCCCUCUGACAUGAGUUUAAAUGUUAUUGCUCAAUUUUGAACACAGACAUAUCCCAGGUAAGAGGUGACUGUAUGCACACUUGUGAGGAACUUUGUUAUUUCAUUUUAUUUUUACUUUUCCUCUCAAAAAGUUUCCCCCCCGAUGUGUUUCCUAAAUUACCGGUAUGGGUCACAUCAAUGAUAGUAAAAGUUUUCCAAUGAUUUAUCUUUGUCUCACAUUUUGAAUUACACAAGUAUGGCAUUUGAACAGGGGCGUGCAGACCUUUUAUAGCUACUGUACAAGGAUUUGGCCAAAAAUAACAAUGACAUACCAAAGAAAAACGCUCACCCAAAAGACCCCUCACACUAGUAUAAAACCUUUUAACCUCCCCCCCAAAAGGUCAAAGUUGAAGGGUUCUUUUGGUGCAUUGGUGCAUUUUGUGUGUGUGUGUGAGUGAGAGGUUUUAGCGCUUAUAAGAAGUUUUUUUUUUUUUAUGUGUGAGUGAGUGAGCGAGCAUUUUUUAAAAGUAAAGCGUAAAAGUGAGGGUUUUACUUUAGGACUUGAUAGGUUUUGGUUGAAUGUGUUUUUGGGUGGGAAGGUGUUAUAAGUAAAUGUUAUUUUUGGCUGAACAGUACUUCAUAGGAAAGCAGUGAAAUAUUUGCACAUCUUUUAUUCCAAAGCUUUCACUUGAAAUAUACAUUUAUAUUGCAGUCUAGCGAUAGUAGUUAAAAGCCUCUUUAUUCCAGUCUCCUCUGUUUAUUAUUUUUUAAUUUUCUCUUUAACAAUAAGCAUUACGACUAGAGCUGUCCGAUAAUGACUUUUUAACUGAUAUCCUGAUAUCGUCCAACACCAAAAAUCCUAAUCCCGAGGUCAAACCGAUACUGAUUUAUGCGGUCGUGGAUUUACCAUAUUAUGGCUAAUUGUAUUGUGGUGUCCUACUGAAUGCUUUAAUGCUGCUAAAUGUAACAACAUCAAGGUCUUCCAAAUAAACAUUCUGUGAAAAAUAAGAACAACUGCAACUGAAAUUAUGAAAAAAGGGCCUAUAUUGCACCACUAUCUUUAUUGUUGAAAUCAAAAUAGUGUAAAAAACAUCCGUUUUUCUGAGCAAGUGCAAGCGCAAAGUGCCAAUUAGGCAGUUAUUUUGUCUUCAAUGUGUGUGGCGGUACAGAAAUGGACAGAUUGCGAACAAAUCAGGCUCUGAAGAGAAGUCGGACGAUGGAGUAAAGUUAAAUUUGGCUUUAUUGUGGUCAUCUUUCUCUUGAAAAGAGCAUGGAUACUUUGAUGUAAAACUAAAUACAACAAAACAUUGUAUUAAUAAUAUGAAAUAACGUCACAAAUAAAGCAAAGUACAGUAUUCACCACGUAUCAAUUUGAACAGCAACUUGUAGUGCAGCUUGCAAGCAAUUAAAUAAUGUCACCAAAUUUAACACAAAUGCAAACAGAACAAAAUAUACACAUCUCGAAGAUACUACAAAAUGCUGCUGAAUAUAAAACAAUGGAAGAAUAUAACUUACAAACAAUGCCUGUCCACUGGCUGUAGACGUUGGCUCUGUCACUACCCAAUUGUGACAGGCUACCAGAUCGCGACGGAUUGCUACUGCGCAUGCGCGAACCGACUCAUGGCUUUUCUCUCGAGGGAUGGCGCGAGAUAUAGAUAUGUAUGUGAUAGACUAUGGUAAAUGGUGUUAUAGUUAUAUAGUGUUUUUCCACCUUUCAAGGCUCUCAAAGCGCUUUACACUACAUCGCCAUCCACCUACUGAUGACGCAGCACCAGGAGCAAUGUGGGGUUCAGUAUCUUGCUCAAGAAUACUUAGGCGAGUUCAUCAGGGGAGAGAAUCGAACCCACAUCCUCUGGGUUGGGGGACAACUACUCCACCACUGAGCCACGCCACUUCAUUACAAAAGAUUAAACAAAUAUUUUAAAAUAUUUUUUCCUUUUUUAUUUUUGGAUGAUAAUCUCUGAAGGGUUUAAUUGGGAUGACUGGAGACGAAGACUGUUUAAACUGCACCUGAAAUUUGCUUGCAAUCCGCCAUUAAUCAAAAGAUUUUUUUUAUGUAUCGCGAUGUCCCUAAGGUGAUUUAUAUGUUAAAUUCAGACAUACAAAAUCAUUAUUAUUCAACCCACAUGACAGACAUUCAAGAAUAAUUAAUUUAUAUGUCUGAAUCUUUCGCGUUUAUCAGCAUAAAGCCAACGUGGGAAGUGACGUAGCGUAGUCACGUGAACAGCCAGUCACAACUAGGUAGCCGUACUGCACAUGCGUGUUAAAAUUCUUCUUAUAAUCAAUUUUCAGUUGCAUUCCUUCACCCUUAAAAUCUACUAUACCUCAACUUAAUGUCUUUCAAGAAUUUAAAAAUUGCUUUCCCUAUUUACCUAACCGUCUUCCUCUCCCCUUACCCCAAUGAAACCUUUUAGAAACCAAUCACACUGUUAAAAAUUAACCAAAAACUUUAUUUAAAUGUUACAGACUUUGUUUAACAUGCAAGGUUUUUCAGGUAUCUAUAGCUUAACUAGCCUUUUUACUUAGUCUUUGAUAAGAUAUAUGUAUGAAACAGUGUUAUUCCAAAAAUGAACAAAGGCUUCAGAGUAUGGUGUUUUCUUCUAUCUAUGGCAUAAUCAUUGGAUGGUUUAAAAAAAAUAAACAAAUAUCCCCCAUUGGAUGGUUUAAAAAAAAAAAAAAAAGAAAAACAUCCCCCCAUAAAGAAAAAAACAUUUUUUUAUCCUUUAAUCUAGCACAUACAUAUCUCUUGUCAUCCUCCAAGAGAAAAUGGCGUUGGUUUGCACAUUCGCAGUAGCAAUCCGUCACGAUCAAGUCGCCUAUCACGAUCGGGUAAUGACAAGGUCUUACAUUAGGCCUCUCUAUUCGCAAUAAGCUCGCGUCGACAUAUGUUUACGACAGCAGAAAGUGUUGAGAUUUUCAAAUGUAAUUACACCUAAGCGCCAGCAGGGGGGUAAUAACAACAGAAACACACAGGCAGGCACGACGUGGACAUGACAGCACUGCCAUAUGCACAACCCCUAGCAAAAAGUAUGGAAUCACCAGUCUAGGACGAGCACUCACUCAGACAUUUUAUUAUGUAGAACAAACUCAGAUAAAAAGCUUUAAAAAAAAAUAAUGAAUUAUUUCAAAAGUGCAACUCCUUGGCAUUCAGAAACACUAAAGGAAAUGAAUAAAAUACAUUGUGGUGGUCAGUCAAUGUUACUUUUAUGGAGCAAGUGCAGGGAAAUAAAUAUAGAAUCACUCUUUUCUGAAGAAAAAAAUAUGGAAUCACUCCAUUUUGAGCAGAAAAUACAGACACACCCAGUCAAUUUCCUUUCCUUAAUUGGGCCCCUGACUCAGAUUAGAUCUGCUCGUUAGUCAGCAGUUAAAAACAGUGCAGUUAUCACACCUUGGAGGGCUGCCAGACCAAGUGGAUUCACAAGAAUUAUAGCUCCAACAAGAGAGAUGUUUGUUCAGACCAAGGAGAGGAUUAUUAAACUUCUUGAAGAAGGUAACGCUACAGUAUGUUUGCCAAAGAUGUGGGCUGUUCACAUACAGCUGUAUCAAAAAUAUGGACCAAGUACAAACAGCAUGGCAAGGUUGUUCAAGUUAAACGUACUGGUAGACCGAGGAAGACAUCCAAACAUCACAACAAACAACUAAAGGGCAUAUGUCUUGAAAAUAGAACAUGUACAACAAGACAAAUGAAGAAGAAAUGAGAGGAAGCUAGAGUCAAGGUAUAUGAUAGAACUGUGCAAAAUUGCCUAAGGGAAAUGGGAUUUUCAUACAGGAAAGCUAAAAAGAAACCAUCAUUGACACUUAAACAGAAAAGAACAAGACUGCAAUGGGCUAUGGAGAGGCAAUCAUGGACUGUGAAUGACUGGAUGAAGGUUAUUUUCAGUGAUGAGUCAAGAAUCUGCAUUGGACAAGGUGAUGAUGCUGGAACUUUUGUUUGGUGCUGUUCCAGUGAGAUUUACAAAGAUGACUGCGUGAAGAAAACUUCAAAAUUCCCUCAGUCCUUGAUGAUAUGGGGCCUGCAUUUCAGGCAAAGGCACUGGGGAGGUGGCUGUGGUUAAAUCUUCAAUAAAUGCAGAAGUUUACAUUGAAAUUUUAGACAGCUUUCUUAUCUCUUCAAUUGAAAAUAUCUGUCAUUUUCCAAGAUGACAAUGCAUCAUGCCACAGAGCUAAAACUGUUAAAGCAUUCCUUGGAGAAAGACUCAUCCAGUCAAUGUUCGUUCGCCCCUGACAGUCAAAAUAAACUGGACGUCCAACGCCGUCAACGGCACUCAGAGAUAGUCCUUCCAGUCUAAAUGAAUUCGACGUGUAUCGUUGUCGAUGUGUUAAGAAAGAUAUUCGAGUUCAAUGCAGAUUCUUGACUCUUGACACCUUGUCCAAUGCAGAUUCAAGGUGAUGAUGGUGGAACUUUUGUUUGGUGCUGUUCCAGUGAGAUUUACAAAGAUGACUGCCUGAUGAAAACUUCAAAAUUCCCUCAGUCUUUGAUGAUAUGGGGCUGCAUGUCAGGCAAAGGCACUGGGGAGGUGGCUGUGGUUAAAUCUUCAAUAAAUGCAGAAGUUUACAUUGAAAUUUUAGACAGCUUUCUUAUCUCUUUAAUUGAAAAUAUCUUUGUCAUUUUCCAAGAUGACAAUGCAUCAUGCCACAGAGCUAAAACUGUUAAAGCAUUCCUUGGAGAAAGACUCAUCCAGUCAAUGUUCGUUCGCCCCUGACAGUCAAAAUAAACUGGACGUCCAUCGCCGUCAACGGCACUCAGAGCUAGUCCUACCAGUCUAAAUGAAUUCGACGUGUAUCGUUGUUGAUGUGUUAAGAAAGAUAUUCGAGUCCAAUGCAGAUUCUUGACUCUUGACACCUUGUCCAAUGCAGAUUCAAGGUGAUGAUGGUGGAACUUUUGUUUGGUGCUGUUCCAGUGAGAUUUACAAAGAUGACUGCCUGAUGAAAACAUCCAAAUUCCCUCAGUCCUUGAUAAUAUGGGGCUGCAUGUCAGGCACAGGCACUGGGGAGAUGGCUGUGGUUAAAUGUUCAAUAAAUGCACAAGAUGACGUUUUGCAAGAUGACAAUGCAUCAUGCCAUAGAGCUAAAACUUUUAAAGCAUUCCUUGGAGAAAGACUCAUCCAGUCAAUGUCAUGGCCUGCAAAUAGCCCAGAUCUCAACCCUAUUGAAAACCUGUGGUGAAAAAAAUGGUCCACAGCAAGACUCCAACCUGCAAGGAUGAUCUGGCAACUGCAAUCAAAGAGAGUUGGCACCAAAUUGAUGAAGAAUACUCAUCAAGUCCACGCCUCAGAGACUGCAAGCUGUCAUAAAAGCCAGAGGUGGUGCAACUAAAUACUAGAGAUGUGUUUUGAUUGUUAUUUCUUUGUUUGUUUCUCCUGAUUCCAUAUAUUUUUCCUCUGAAUGGAGUGAUUCUAUAUUUAUUUCCCUGCACUUGCUCUACAAAAGUAACAUUUACUGACCACCACAAUGUUUUUUUUAUUAAUUUCUUUUAGUGUUUCUGAAUGCUAAAGAGUUGCACUUUUGAACUAAUUCAUUAUUUUUUCAAGCUUUUUAUCUGAGUUGUUCUACAUGAUAAAAUGUCUGAGUGAGUGCUCGUCGGAGACUGGUGAUUCCAUACUUAUGCUAGGGGUUGUGUAUUGGCCCAAAACCGAUAUUGAUAUUAUCCGAUAUCAUUUUAAAAUGCUUUUCUCCCAACCACCCCUGGUUACAACUUGAACAGAAUAUUGCAUCCUCCAUUUAUGUUCUUAAGUUUGUUUUAUUUGCCCCCCCCUAAUAUUCUUGUGUUCUUCAUGCAAUGCUUUUAACCAAAGGUGUUUGAAAAAUACCUUCAACGAAGAUUGCAAGCAAUCUAUGCAAAUGCAGCGUCAUAGUUACACAAGUAAGGAACGAGGGCCCUCCCGACUGGAUGGCUAACAGUCAAUAUUGCUCUCUGGGUUUACUCUGAGGUUUUGGAGUUAUAUAAUACACUUACCAUAGACUGCCACUACAAUCAUGUUUUUAUAUAAUUGUUAAGAAAUGUGAGCGGAAUAAGCACAAUUAGAGAAGAAGAUAAAAAUAAAAUGAAAGCCAACAAGCAUCUUGAUGUAACUGACUGCCAGAUAUAUUUACAAGAGCGUUGCAUAAGAAAAAUAUACAUUAAUAUUCUUGAUAAGAUGUUGUUGCACUACUUGUGGUAUUCUAUGAUCAAUUAUUCCACUCGCUUCUGUAAUCUAGCCUCAGUCUGAACACAAUUAGAAUGACUAGUGUCUUUGUCAUGAGUUUUUAUACAUAAUUUAGGAGAUGUCUCACAGAGUAAUGCGCAGAAAUCAGGUCAAAACUCACUGGUGCAGUGAGGUUUGUUCCUAGAUUUUCAGCAUACUACUCCCUUUAAAUAUAUAUAUUUUGUUGUUGUUGAAUUUGUGUGUGUGUGUGUGUGUGCAUAUAUGAUGCUGUACAAUGAAUACAAUGCUGGAUUUCAGCUCUCCUCGAAGAGAAACAUAGUAAGCCUAAAAUAAUAUAUACAGAUGCAGUAGGAAAGUCAUCCAAUAUUUUGUCAUAACAUGUGUUGGUAAUGGAAUUCUAAAUGCAGUAGAUCUGUUUACUGUUGUUCAGUAUAGCUUUAUGUUGGUGAAAAAUAAAUCUCAGCUCUGAUUUGUUUUAAGUGUAAUGCUUUUACAAGUACAAAGGGAAAUACAGUGAAAAACACAUUUACAGAUUCAGACUACAUCUACAAUCUAUGUUCACCACAUAACAAAGAUUAUAUUUUAAGUGAUUAACGAACAGAGAAAGGAGCGCACACGGCGCAACUGCACGUUUUUUAUUUAUUUUUUUAAACCAAGAAUCAAGACUGUUUAACGUCCAUAUCCAUAAAGAAUUCAGGGAUUUAAGCAUUCGUUUACAAGAAUUUUAAACGGGAAAAGCUCUUUAUUUACAUAAGGCCGCCGCUACAUUUGCUUACUGUCUAGCAUGAUAGUUUGUUCACCUAAAAAUUGUUCACCUCCACAAGGCUGGAAAGGGCUAUGGAGCAAUUGCCAAGCAGCUUGGUGAAAAAAGGUCCACUGUUGGAGCAAUCAUUAGAAAAUGGAAGAAGCUAAACAUGACAGUGAAUCUCAAUCGGAGUGUAAGAUAUCACCUCAUGGGGUCUCAAUGAUCCUAAGAACGGUGAGGAAUCAGCCCAGAACUACAUGACAGGAGUUGGUCAAUGACCUGAAAAGAGCUGGGACCACCGUUUCCAAGGUUACUGUUGGUAAUACACUAGAUGUCUGUCAAAGUUUCAAAUCAUGCAUGGCACGGAAGGUUCUCCUGUUUAAACCAACACAUCUAAAGUUUGCCUAUGACCACUUGAAUAAUGCAGAGGAGUCAUGGGAGCAGGUUUUGUGGUUAGAUGAGCGUAAAAUAGAACUUAAUUCCACUAACUGUGUUUGGAGGAAGAAGAAUGAUGAGUACUAUCUCAAGAACACCGUCCCUACUAUGAAGCAUGUUGGUGGUAGCAUCAUGCUUUGGGGGUGUUUUUCUGCGCAUUAGACAGGGCAAGUGAACUCUAUUAAAAUGAGGAUGGCUGGGGCCCCAAAAUUGUGAGAUUUUUGGGAACAACUUCCUUCCUUCAGUCAGAACAUUGAAGAUGGGUCAUGCCUGGGUCUUCCAACAUGACAAUAACCCGAAGCACACAGCCAGGAAAAUCAAUGAGUGGCUCCGUAAGAAGCAUAUCAAGGUUCUAGCAUGGCCUAGCCGGUCUCUAGACCUAAACCCAAUAGAAAACCUAUGGAGGGAGCUCAAACUCCGUGUUUCUCAGCGACAGCCCAGAAACCUGAUUGAUUGGUGGGCCAAGAUCCCUCCUGCAAUGUGUGCAAACCUGGUGGAAAACUACAGGAAACGUUUGACCUCUGUAAUUGCAAAAAAAAAAAAAAAAAAAAAAAAAGGCAGAUAAAGUACCAAUUAACAUUCGUUUUCUCAGGUGUUCAAAUACUUAUUUGUAGCUGUAUCACAAAAAUAAAUCGUUUAAAAAAAAAAAUCAUACAUUGUGAUUUCUGGGUUUUUCUUUUUAGAUUAUCUCUCUCACAGUGGACAUGCACUUAUAAUGAAAAUUUCAGAUGCCUCCAUGAUUUCUAAGGGGGAUAAUUUGCAAAACAGCAGGGUGUUCAAAUACUUACUGUAUUGUCUUCACUGUAUGAAUGUAAUAAAAUGUUAGGGGGAAAAAAACAUCACAUUUGCAUGAAAGGGUUAAAGUCAUAUGAUAUGUUUAUUUGUAUAGCUCUAAAUUACCAAAAGAUCCUAAAGGGUUUCACAGACAAAAGGUUGACACGACAUAAAUAAAUAAAUUUUAUUUUUAAAUAUUCACUUUAACUCCUCAAAUUGUGCUGAAAAGGAAUCUUGCUUUGUUUUAAAAUGUUAUUUUUUAAAUUAAUUUAUUUUUUGCUAAUUGUGAAUUGAUGUUCCUCCACAUUUUACAAAUAAAGAGCGCUAGUAUUUCAUAGAGGCUUUUUGUUGCACAAAUUACGUACGUGUGUAAAGGUUGCAGAGCGCCCAUUUCUCCUCUAGGUGGCAAUGUAGACUUAACAGAAUCAGACGUGUGCUUCUCUGUCUUCUAUUGAAUUUGUCAGCGUUUGAAUUUUGCAAUACUCAUACCUGUCAACCCGAGGCCGUUGGCAAUCUUACAGUGACGUAUGUCCUUACAAACUGGUGACUAAUCUUACAACGUUGUAUAUAGCGUGCAAUAUGAAACAAAAAUAAAACUUUUUUUUUUUUUUUUU